CACUCACAGACAGACCACCUCUAGUGAGCAGCAGGUGAAUACUGUUCGUUUACUCUCAGACUGCUAACUCUAACUCACAUAUGCUGCACAGCCGUUUCACUAUUACAAAGCCAUCAUUUACAUCGGACAUGGUGGACACGCAGACGUUUGCCUGGCCCGUGGGAUUCGGCCUGAGCGCUCUGGAGCUGGACGAACUCGAUGACAGCUCGCACUCCAUGGGCAUCAAACCUUUCUCCACGCUGGACUACACCACCAUCUCCGGCAUCGAGUAUGAGCCGAGUCCGCCGCAGAACGAGAUGCCGCACAUGAUGGAUCUGACGCAGAUGUACAACUACAGAGCACAGGAGAACUACAGGAUGCAGGAGAGCGUCUACAGAGCUCAAGAGAGCAGCUACACUGCUGAAGAGAGCAGCUACAGAGCACACCCACACCAAAAUUCAAUCAAACUUGAACCCGAGUCUCCUCCACAGUUUGUGGAGAACAGCCUGUCAUUUUCCAAACCUCAUGAAGAUCAGUCCACCUCAGUGUUAAACAUUGAGUGUCGUGUGUGUGGAGACAAGGCCUCUGGCUUCCAUUACGGUGUUCACGCCUGCGAGGGCUGCAAGGGAUUCUUCCGCAGAACCAUUCGCCUGAAGCUGGUCUAUGACCACUGCGACCUGCACUGCCGCAUCCACAAGAAGAGUCGCAACAAGUGCCAGUACUGCCGCUUUCAGAAGUGCCUGAUGGUGGGCAUGUCACACAACGCCAUUCGUUUUGGUCGAAUGCCCCAAGCCGAGAAAGAGAAGCUCUUGGCGGAGUUCUCCACUGACGUGGAUCACAUGCACCCCGAAUCGGCUGAUCUCAGAGCCCUGGCCAGGCAACUCUACGAGUCCUAUCUGAAGUACUUCCCCCUGACUAAAGCCAAGGCCAGGGCCAUCCUCUCAGGGAAGACCAGCGACAACACACCUUUCGUCAUUCACGACAUGAAGUCUCUGUUGGAAGGCGAGCAGAUGAUCAAUUGCCGGCAGAUGCCCAUGCAGGAGCACAGGAGGUCCGACAUGGGCGUCAUGCACGAGGUGGAGCUGCGCUUCUUUCACAGCUGCCAGUCGCGCUCGGCUGAAGCCGUCAGCGAAGUCACCGAGUUCGCCAAGAGCAUCCCUGGCUUCGUGAACCUGGACUUGAACGACCAGGUGACGCUCCUGAAGUACGGCGUCAUCGAAGUCCUCAUCAUCAUGAUGUCGCCGCUCAUGAACAAAGACGGCACCCUCAUCUCCUACGGUCAGAUCUUCAUGACCCGCGAGUUCCUCAAGAGUUUGCGCAAACCCUUCUGUGAAAUGAUGGAGCCCAAGUUUGAGUUCUCCGUCAAGUUCAACAUGCUGGAGCUGGACGACAGCGACAUGGCACUGUUCCUGGCCGUCAUCAUCCUGAGCGGAGAUCGCCCGGGUUUGCUGAACGUCAAGCCCAUCGAGGAUCUCCAGGAGACGGUUCUUCAUUCUCUGGAGCUGCAGCUGAAGAUGAACCAUCCCGACUCCCUCCAGCUGUUCGCCAAAGUGCUGCAGAAGAUGACGGACCUGCGUCAGCUGGUGACCGACCACGUCCAGCUGAUCCAGCUGCUGAAGGAGACCGAGGUGGACUGGUGCUUGCACCCGCUUCUGCAGGAGAUCAUGAGGGACUUGUACUAGUGUGUGCUCUGCAGAUGCACACCGUUUCGAUUCUGAGUUUGGUUUACUUUUCUGUUGAAG